GAGAGUUUCACUCGAGUCAUAUGUCUCAGUACUGUACAUGUCAGAGGAUGUUGUGUUUUGACUCGGGAGACAAAUGAUCGGUAGAAAACGCAACGGAAAUGUAUUUAAUACGAGAAUCGCUUUCGCUUUUUUGGAAAAUCAUGGACAGCCAUGCUCGGCGGUCAGGGGCAGGAACACGGUGUGCUUGAUUUAGUUGCCCCACUUGAUUUAUUGCGAAAGAUCGGCGAUUUGGAAACAAUUUCACUUUUUUUAGGCGGCGCCUAUUCCGCGGAAUAUUUUCGUCACUUUCUAGGCGAGAACACACAACCCUUCGGAAGAGACACUCGUUUGGCUCCUUGGCUCUUACGAUGCCGGCGCACAUGACUUUAGGAGAGAAGUAAAAGUUGUCACUGGGACCAAGAACACCUGGCGCCCGCCUCCUCCUCCUCUUCUUCCCAGUCCGCUCCCUCUCCGCCGGCAUGACCCUCGGCACGGUGUCCGGCUCCGACAGCUCGUCUGCGGUCAGCUUCUGCUCCUGCUGCGGGGCGAAGAUGGUGCCCUACUUCAGCGACGACGCGGUGGUGUCGAAAAAUCAGAUCAACCAGCUUAUCAGUGAGAGUUUCCUCACGGUAAAAGGUGCAGCCCUCUUCCUUCCCAGGGGUAACAGUCCCACGCCGAACUCUGCGCCCCGCAUCAGCCAGCGCAGGAACAAGCACACAGGUGACCUCCAGAAACAUCUUCAGACCAUGUUCACUGUGCUGCGCCCAGAGGACACCAUCCGACUGGCUGUGCGUCUGGAGAGCGCCUACCCUCAGGUAACCCGCUACAUGGUGGUGGUCUCCACCAAUGGUAGACAGGACACGGAGGAGAGCAUCGUGCUUGGCAUGGACUUCGUCUCCUCUGAUAGCUGCUGUACGGUGGGUCUGGUUCUACCUCUGUGGAGUGACACUCUGAUCCACUUGGAUGGAGACGGCGGCUUCAGUGUAUCGACAGUGAGCAGGGUUCAUGUCUUCAAGCCAGUUUCCGUUCAGGCCAUGUGGUCGGCCCUCCAGUCUCUCCACAAAGCCUGCGAGGUGGCUCGCUGCCAUAACUACUACCCGGGCAGCCUGUUCCUGACCUGGGUCAGCUACUACCAGAGCAGGGUCUCGUCCAACCAGUUCUGCAUCAACGAAUGGAACGCCAUGCAGGAUGUCGAGUCGCACCGUGCCAACUCGCCCGUCCUCUUCACAGACCUGCCCACAGAGAGGGAGCGCACAGAACGCCUGAUCAAGAUGCGCCUCCGAGAGAUCAUGAUGCAGAAAGACCUGGAGAACGUCACCUGCAAGGAGAUCCGAACAGAGCUGGAGAUGCAGAUGGUUUGUAACCUGAGGGAAUUCAAAGAGUUCAUAGACAACGAGAUGAUAGUCAUCCUGGGACAGAUGGACAGCCCCACUGAAAUAUUUGACCACGUCUAUCUGGGCUCUGAGUGGAACGCCUCCAACCUAGAGGAGCUGCAGAACAGUGGAGUGCGCUACAUCCUGAAUGUGACCAGGGAAAUAGACAACUUCUUCCCAGGGAUGUUUGAAUACCACAACAUCAGAGUGUACGACGAGGAGGCCACCAACCUGCUGGAAUACUGGAACGAAACUUACAAGUUCAUCACCAAAGCCAAAAAAGCUGGUGCUAAGUGUCUGGUUCACUGUAAGAUGGGCGUGAGCCGCUCCGCGUCCACGGUGAUCGCCUACGCCAUGAAGGAGUACGGCUGGGACCUGGACACCGCCUUGGACUACGUGAAAGUGAGACGGACCGUCACCAAACCAAAUCCUUCCUUCAUGAAACAGCUGGAGGAGUAUCAGGGUAUUCUGCUGGCAAGCAAACAAAGGCAUAAUAAGCUAUGGCGCUCCCACUCUGACAGCGACCUAUCGGAUCGCCCGGAGUCAUUGUGCAAACCCUCAUCUCACUCCCUGGGUCGCUCCGACUCCCACAACAACAACACGUCCUCCCCCUCCCUGCAUCACUUCCUGGGCGUGGCCGUGCUGCAGGCGCUCUGCGCCGAACCGAAGGACGCCGCCAAAUCAAACAACGCAGACACCUCUGACGCGCACGCGCUCUCGAACGGUGCGCGCGACUCGCCGGUUCAGGAGGAGGUCAGAUCGGAUUGCGAAGCCCCCCUCCUGCUUCCUCUCCCCAGACCCCGAGCAGCCACUGUAAUCCCAGAGGAAAGGCUGGACAAUUCAGCCAGCGUGGCUGUCACCGUGCCUGUUGCUCUCCCGCACCCUCCACCACUGCUCCACAUCCUACCUCCGACACCAGAGCUCCAGCGUCCCCGCCGCAGCCCCCCGACGCAUUUGUCCAUUUCGGUGCCCGGACGCAAACCGGCGGAGCUGUCCCUCAAUUUACCCGAGAGGAGCAGCUCAGAAGAACUGUCUCCGCUCACCCUGGGAUCCAGCGACUCGGACAUAAUGAAUCAGUCAUUAUCGGACUCAGCAAGUGACAAGCACACUCCCCUCAGCCCUCUGGUUCUUCCUCUCGCCCCCAGUGACGACAACAACAACCCCAGUGAGUUACAGACGGGCGGCGCUCUGGACAGCCGCGGCGAGGCUGACGGCUCGUCCAGCCACAGCACGGACAGCAUCGACUUCUUCAGCGCCAGGGAGAAAUUCGUGGGCCUCGCCCUAGACGGCCGAACUCGGACGCUUUCAGAGCAGGCGCAGCAAAAGACGUCUCCGGCCUCAGCUGACGGGGACAUGGAGGCGAGUGAGGAAGAGGAGCAGGGGAACGGGACGAGUCAGGGAUCUGAAGACAGCUUUGACAAAGCCAGCCCUGACCGAUCCCACCACGCUCACCAUGACAACGGAAUAUCUGUCCGCCAUAUUGUCACUGAGAUCGAAGCCAUAUGCCACCCGACCCCUUCUCUCCCUAGUCCGUCCUCCCCCUCCUCCUCCUCAUCGCUCCCUCCGUCCUCUCACAGCCCUCAGUUUCCGCGGCCGGAGCACGCGGAUGAGGCGGAGGCUUCUGAGGUCUGUUUGACUCCACCUUCACACCCUCCGUCUCCCUCCAUGCUGCCCGGCGACUGGCCCGCGGGCUCGGUGCGGCGGGCCACCAAGCAGCUGGAGCAGAAGCUGAGGCAGGAGUUGGAGAUGGCGGCGUCCCAGCGCUCCCCGCUGCACUCCCCCAGCACCGAACACCCUCCCAUCAGGCUGCCCCUGUGCUCCCCAACCACUGAACACCCUCCGCCUCACUCCCCCCAGCACUCCGCAGAACAAAGGAUCACUCAGGGAGACGACGUGGCCACAUCCAAAGACGGAGAGACGCAUAAAGGGUCGCACACUGAGCUGCGGAGACUUGAUUCCUCAGGCGUAGACGUCCUCCCAGACCCUUCGUGCUCAACUAACUCAAAUAUCAGCCAAGUCUCUGGUGCUAUAUCAUCGACCGAUAGCCAUACGGUGACAUCAUCACUGACCUCUACUAGUCCGUUAGUAGAAUCAUCUCUAGAUACCUCAGUCUGGCCCCGGCGACAGGACCAGCUCCACAGCCAAAACACCCAGUGUCAGACUCAGUCCCAGGUCCUUUCUGACCACAUGUCUGUGGACGGGGUGACAGCGCAGGAGUCGGAUACAGAUGAAAGACUGGACUCCUGUUGGCAGGGCAGGCGAGAGGGCUGCGGCCUCGGCUGCGACGCUCAGAGCAGGCUGGCUCGUGGCAGCCAGGAGCUGGAGAGGAUCCAGCAGACGCUGCGAGAGCUGCAGGCUUUUCUCCACGAAGGUGUCAGUCUGGAGACGACGGACAGUAAAGCACAAGAACUGAGGCAGCCUCAGGGGCUGAGAGACACUAUGGACACUGAGCCGGGACAUGUUAAGAGUUCUGAACGGACCCCUCCAGGCCUGGAAGUAGGGAAGCGGCUCAGGGGGAAGCAAGAGGGGAGGAGUUUAACGGAGCCAACGGGGUGGCACAGAGCCAUGGAGCUGGAGGCUCGUCUCCGCCAGGCAGGCCUCACCCCCCCUUCUCUCAUGAAAAGAUCAGCCUCUUUGGCUAAGCUGGACUGUCUGGAGCUGUCCGCCAACGACCUCAGCGACCUGGACCUGAUGCCGCACAUCAGGACCACGUCCCACUCCCAGGACUCUUUCUCACCGUCCCCUUCUCACCCGGACGACACCUGGAAAAAGCAGAAGGUUCUCGCUCAAAACACUUGUGCUAAAAAGACGGAUUCGCCCCGAGACGAAACGCCGUCACCUCGGCCGGUCCGCCCGUCCUCGCCCUCCGCCCAAAGCUGCACCAAAGAAGACUCGGGCGAGAGGGAGGAGGCGGACGGCAGCAGCGGCGGCGGCGGCGGCGGCGGCGCGGCCUCCGCUCUACGUCAGCAGGGGCGGGGACACUCGUCGAGGCGUUCUCGCAAAGCUUCCGCGGAGAAGAAGCAGCGAGCCAUCACUGUGCUAUACAACACCAUGUAACCUCAGCGCAAUGGACUGGAACGGACACGACUGGAGCUGCUGCACACGCGUGUGAAAGACAAAAGAGACUGCAUGAUGUGUAUGAAAGUGUAGCAGGUCAACGGUAGCCCCUGUGUAACCUCCAACGUAUGUACAGCGCGUAAGACAAGAAUGAUGAAUGAACAUGUUUGCAUGAAAACUACUGGAUGUGUUUGUUUCAACUGGAGUUCAGGUUCGUCUGUACGGUUAUGUAAUAUGAAUGUCCAAACUAAGGCUGAACAAGUGCACAUGCACUCCAUUAUGUCUGUCCCUUUUUUAAGAAGUUUUGUUUUGUUUUGUUUUUUUCAGUGUGUGACCCUCGCUGCCUGUUGACAGUUUAGAAAACUACAACCAGAGGGGCUUUUUCACUCAAAACAUGCACUUUACUGUUCAGAUGAUUUUUAUUCUCAUUUGGAGUUUGUUUCUUACCCCGAGGAGGAUUCUUUUGCACUGUUCUCAGUAGAUUUGUCUGCAUUUGUGUCUUCAAAGUGGACAGACAUGUCUUUAUUCAGAUUUUUAAUUAAACCAGGACAAAGCUGAUAUGAUGUUGUGUUUUUUUAAUAUAGUGCUUUAUUAGUGAAUAAAUAUGGUGAGUUUGUUUUGA